AUGACUGUAGACAAAAUAACGGCAAAGAUCGAACGGCCCAAGGGAUGUUCUCUUGGCUGGACUGUGGCUACCACUGGCUGCUGCAGACAUGCUACGGGCCUUAGCCAUGAUGCCACUUCUGCAGAAGGAUCCAGUGAUCGACGGUGGAAUUGUUGGUUCACGCCCAUGGGAAAUAAUGUCAGCAAUGCCCCGUUCAUACACCGUCGAAUCAAACGCUGGGCUUUAAAAUCGAGACGCAGGACUUAUGUACCCUACGCUUUGCCACAAACCGAGUCGUAUCCGAUUUACCUUCGCCAGAUGGAGUCCUAUCCAAUCAUUACCGAGACGUAUUCGAGACAUGCAGAGGCCUUUCCCAGACCAAUCGUAUCCGUGCAGGACAGAACUUAA